CUUUUUUUGGUGUUGCAGAUUAUGCAGUAAGGGCUAUAGCUAUAUAUUUGCCCGGGAACCUAGGGUCGGGUCGGGGUGGAGGUUGAUGAUAUUAGCAAGCACUUGCAAGAUUCUUACCACCAGUACAGUAGUAGUACCAGCAGGGAGAAGAAUGGCGCUACUGUUUGCGAAUAAAUAAUCUGCAUGAUGUUUGCUAACCAUAACGCUAGUGUUUUGCUAUUGUUUGUUGAAUCUUUUGCUACUACAUAUAUGUACUUUCUAUCAAAAGACUGGAACCUGUAUAUAUUUCGUCGCUGCAGUAAAAGAGGCAUGUUACAUACUGAUUCAUGCACGAAAAAUACAUUGUACACACGAUACCUGUAUCUCUCCAGGACGCUCCUAAAACUUCAUUCCACCCUCCUCUUCUAUCUGUAUACCAGCAAGCAACUGAAAGCUCUACUACAGUUUGCUCUUCUUUCAAAAUUUUUCUACCAAUUAUGAACAAAUGCAACAAAAUAAACAUAAUCACAUUCCUGUCUCCCUCG